GUAUGUGUUUUGUUUUGUUUAAUUAUUUGUAUUAGAGUUAUUUGUACUUUAAUUUUUUUUAGAUUUUCAAUCAACAAGUUUUAAAGGAUUCACCUUUUAGUUUGAGAAAGUAAAAAAAAAAAGAUGGUGAGGUUGAAAAAGCCGAUCGAUAGCAUGACGCUGCCAUCGAUGGUGAGACGCUGUCACCACAAGGUGAAGGGCAGUGAGUUCGUGAGAGAAUCAAAGGAUUUAAAACAGCUCAAAAAAGAUCGGAUCGAGUUUGCCGAGAACUACUUUUCAAUGAGGCUGCUCAAUCACGACAGGCUUAAAAAGUCGAUAACGCCGAAGCAGUUCAAGGCAGUUAAGAGCAUCCUGAGCAUGUCGCAGAAUUCGUCUGUACGUACGGGGGAGAACAGUUUUUUCCCAACACCAGUCCCUACGGUUGUAAAGAGUAAAUCGUCAUCAUACAGCAUAAGUUCCUUUGAUUAUAAAAGCACGUUAAUUUUAAACACACCAUCAUCUUACAAGCAAUUGGUCAAAAGUGCAUUUCCUACACCGGAGUUCUCGGUCGACACAUACACCGAACCAUCAUACAACACUAAGGCGUCGACAAAGUCUAGCUACGAUGAGACACAUACAAUGCAAGCAAAAAAGGGCUUGUGGAUAACACAGGAUAUGAUCAAGAACUGUACAUUCGGGAAGAAACAAAAGACCGCAGUGGAACUUGACUUGAGCAAUGAUGAGGUGGAUGACUUUUCUAAGGUCGCACGCGAAUUCCUCAGUUGGGUUGACUCUGCUGAUUUUGGCAAGCAGAAAUUCGACGAAGCUGGUCUGAAGCAGCUGUUCACCGUUGGCUUCGAUGAUUUCACGAGGCAGUCAUUGUUAAUACAGCACAAGGAAUUGAAGUGCCUACCCAAAAAUAUCUCAUCAAUUUUCAAUGACCCAGAUCAAUCAAUUCGAGCUGCAAUCCACAGGCAGAUUCUAUGGGACAUUUACUAUGAGAAUAAAAUGAAAGAUUCUUCGAAGAAGAAGAAGAAGGAGACUUAUGUUGAGUGGUUUGAAACAAGCAUUGUACCUGAGGAGAUCUUCGACUUCAGCUUCUUCUGGAAAGACAUGCUUGAAGAGAACAUAAUCAAUGACUUUGCCACCUGGCUCAUCUCCCACCCUGAAGAGUACAAGCCCAAAUACCUGGAGAAGGUGGGCCUCUUCGACAAGAUUGAGAAGGAGCUCAAGGGCAAGAUGCCAUUGUCAUUGAAAUCAUUGAACGAGCGUUUCUCCGAUUUGCUCGCCCCAGACAAGAGGGAUAGGUCCAACUUCGAGUUCCUUGCCUACAUGGAAGAGACUUAUGGGCACAUAUCCACCCUUACGGAGGACGGUUAUGUCGAAUUGUGUUGACGCAAUGUGGGACGCAACCGACACCGCCAACGGAUGCCACAACAGUCCGCAGUUGUUUAUAAUUUCCAGUAUUUCAAUUACAAUAAAACCAGUAUUGUUCAUAUGUGUACAAA